AUGCUCAUCUUUUCAAUUUCUCGACUUGUCGCGUUGGUCUCCUCGCUGGGCACCAUAGCCGCGGCUCAAACUCCUCAUGAUUUGCCACUGGACGAAGGGACAAGGAGAUUUCUCGAAGUCCUACCUCCAGAAAAACAGGCUGAUAUUCUGAGGGAGUUCGGAAAAGCCCUUGCAGGCCAAGUCCCCGCAUCGCCCGAUAUUAUCGAAGCGCAAGAGCUCAUCUGGAGCUACGGGAGGAGCCCCUCAUUCUAUCCAACUCCCCAGGGGAAAGGACUUGGAAACUGGUCUCGCGCUUAUGAGUACGCAUCGGCUCUAGUUUCUCAGAUGACAGUGGAUGAGAAAGUAUCCGUAACAUCUGGACAAACAACUACGACGAACGGAUGUAACGGUAUGAUUCCAGGAGUACAGCGCCUUGGAUUCCCAGGUAUUUGCGUCAACGACGGCCCCAGUGGCCUCCAUGGAGUUGAGGCUGUCAACGGAUAUGCAGCUGGCGUUACCGUUGCUGCGGCAUGGAAUAAAGAAUUGGCACACGCACGUGGCCAUCAUAUGGGCCUGGAAGCCAAGCGUCGAGGGGUCAACAACCUCUUGGGACCAACAGUUGGUCCACUCGGCCGCACUGUUCUCGGUGGCAGAAACUGGGAAUCUUUCUCGGUCGAUCCCUACCUUUGCGGUGUCAUGGGUGCUCAGACAGUUUCAGGCAUGCAACAGCACGUUAUAGCCACGGCCAAGCACUUUAUCGCAAACGAACAAGAAACCAAUCGUAACCCUAGCACCUUUGGUAUGGGCAACGCUUCAGUCACUUCUAAUCUUGACGAUAGAACCAUGCACGAAUUAUAUCUGUGGCCAUUCCAGGAUCUAGUCAAAGCUGGAGUAGGAUCAGUUAUGUGCUCCUACAACCGAAUCAAUGGAUCCCACGGCUGCCAGAACAGCUAUACGCAAAACGGCCUGUUGAAGACUGAGCUCGGGUUUCAAGGUUUCGUGUUAACCGACGCUGGGGCUCUGCACAGUGGGGUUUCAAGCGCCAACGCUGGUACUGACGCUACGACGCCUUUCAAUGAGUUGUGGGGAAGCAACCUUACCGCGGCGAUAGCAAAUGGCACAAUGGAAGAGAGUAGGCUCGAUGAUAUGGUUACUCGAAUUAUCGCUAGCUGGUUCAAGUACAGCCAGUUUGAACCUGGAACCGGGAUCCCGGUUGAUGUUUCAAAGCCACACAAGGUUGUCAGCUCCAUUUCUCCAGAGUCGCGCAAAACGAUCUUCCAGGGCGCUGUGGAGGGCAUUGUGUUGGUCAAGAACUAUAACAAUACCCUCCCCCUGAAGAAGCCAAAGAUUCUGUCCUUGUUUGGUUACGAUGCCGAUGUGCCUCGAACAAACAACCGGGACGGUCCGUAUAGCAAAUGGGAUCUUGGGUUCCAGAGUGUCAAUGUCACCGAUGGACAAGUGCUUGGCCUUACCAUUGGCGUCGGUCAGGUUCCAGGCGCCGCUCAUCUCGGCACGCUUAUCACUGGUGGUGGCAGUGCUUCAGUUACACCCGCGUACAUCAACUCUCCCUACAGCGCUUUUCAACAGCGCGCUAUGCAGGAUGGUACAUUCUUGUAUUGGGAUUUCGAAUCGCAGGACCCUGUUUAUGCCAAUGCUGGCUCCGACGCCUGCAUUGUUUUCAUUAAUGAGUUUAGUACUGAGGGUUCGGAAAGGUCCACGUUGGCUGAUCCUUGGUCGGACCAACUAGUCAAGAACGUUGCUUCACGGUGCCCCAAUACGAUAGUGUCAAUCCACAACGCCGGUAUCAGGUUAGUAGACCAGUGGAUUGAUCAUCCAAAUGUCACGGCGGUCCUUUUGGCCCAUGUACCCGGCCAAGACUCAGGCAGAGCACUUGUAGAGAUCAUAUACGGAGAACAGUCACCAUCUGGUCGUCUUCCCUAUACGGUAGCUAAAAACGAGUCCGACUAUGGCGAGUUGUUGAUGCCUGUGACCGCCGAUAAUGCGUCAAACUACUAUACCUCGGCCAACUUCACUGAAGGUGUCUACAUUGACUAUCGUCGCUUUGACGCGUUCAAUAUCACCCCCAGAUACGAAUUUGGCUUUGGUCUUUCCUACACUACCUUCGAAUACUCAGGGCUCGACUUAGCCCUCACUUCCGCAGGGGUUAAUGCGUCAGUCCUUCCUCCGCCAGGACCGGACGCUGAGGGCGGGCAAGAAUCUCUUUGGGAUACUAUCGCCGUCGUUUCUGUGGACGUCAAGAACACCGGCGCUGUUACCGCUUCAGCAAUUCCCCAGCUAUAUGCCGGCAUUCCAAAAGCACCCGUGAAACAGCUACGUGGGUUCGAGAAGGUUCUCUUACAGCCCGGAGAGGUCAAAAAGGUAGUCUUUUCGCUCACACGAAGAGACCUUAGCACAUGGGACGUCAACCAUCAGAACUGGGUUUUGGGUAAGGGAGGAUACAAUUUCUAUGUUGGGGCAAGCAGCCGUGACUUGCCACUAACGCAUAAGCUGGUUCUUUGA